ACAGUUCUCCCCUGUCAUUUUAUAAUUUCAAAGCCCCGCAGCAGAACAGAUUUCAAGAAAACUAAAAAACACACACAAUGUUCUGCUACCACUGUUCACUCCCACAUUCUCUUCUCUUGCUGCUUCUACUCCUCCCACUUUUCUCUGUCACUUCCUCCUCCUCCACCGCCACUCCCACCGCCAAUCAACACUAUGGGAGAGAAGGAAAGAGGAAUCUCCCCCCACGACAGCAGUCAAACCUGAUGGAUCCCCAGGAGCUGCAGCUUCUGUUCAAGAUCAUGGACACCCUCUCCUCUGAUUCCAACUGGAGAAUCUCCCACCCCAACCCCUGCUCCCCCUCCCCCGGUUCUUCAUCUUCUUCUUGGGUCGGGAUUGAGUGCAAAACCGGUCAUGUCACCAGGCUGGACUUUGGGACCCACCCCAACCCGACCUGCAAGCCCACAGCCACUUUCCCUCCAGAGAUCUUUCACCUCCCUCACCUCCAGUCUGUUUUCUUCAUUCACUGCUUCACCCACACCAGAACAAGCAUCCUCCUUUCAGUUGAAGGGCCGAAUAGUAGUUUCAGUAUUUCUCCAUUGCAGCAGUUCAGUCUCAGAUCAAACCCUGCACUCAUUGGCUCAAUCCCACCUCAGCUCUCUUCACUGAAAUCACUUCAGAUCCUCACACUCUCUCAAAACAGUCUGACUGGACAAAUACCUCCAGAAAUCUUCACCUUGACCUCUCUCCUGCACCUUGAUUUCAGCUAUAACAUGCUGACUGGACAUAUUCCUACCCAGGUGGGAAACCUAAGAAGUCUUGCUGGUCUUGAUUUGAGCUAUAAUAAAAUCUGGGGUUCAAUCCCUGGCCCCAUUGGGAAUCUGGGUAUGCUUCAAAAACUGGACUUGAGCUCAAAUGCAUUGACUGGGAAAAUUCCAGAGAGCAUUCAAGAACUACACUCUCUGGUUUUCUUGGCUUUGAGCAAUAACAGACUAUCAGGCAAGUUCCCUACAGGGCUGUCAAGAUUGCAGAACUUGCAAUACUUCAUCAUGGAUGAUAAUCCAAUGUCCAUAGCACUUCCAGUUGAGUUUGGUCAACUUGAGAGACUUCAAGAAUUGAGACUGGCCAAUUCUGGAUAUUCUGGGCAAAUACCCACAACCUAUUCCCUUCUGAACAACUUAACCACACUAUCUUUGCAGAACAACCUGUUAACCGGAGAGAUUCCGGCGGAAUUAGCCAGUCUGUCACAUAUAUAUCACUUGAAUCUGAGCAGAAACAUGCUGGGCGGUGUUGUUCCUUUUAACUCAAGUUUUCUUAGGAGGUUAGGGAGGAAUUUAGACCUUAGUGGGAAUGCAGGGUUGUGCUUCGGAGCAUCCGAGGCUCGUGAUGGAAUCUUCUCAGGAAUUGGUAUUUGUGGGAGGAACCAAAGUGGGUACAACAUAAAAAAGAAAUCUGGAGAUUCAUCCGAGUUGAGCAAAUCAUUCUUAUCCAUUGCUGGUUUCGGUAUUGUAGGAUUGCUUCAUUUCUUUUUCUCUCUUUAGUUUUUUCCUCCUGCGGCGCUUUAGUACUGCUAGGCUUUCCAUUAUUGAUGAUGAUUCUUUCACAAUAUAAUACGAAGUAUCACUAUUAUAAUUCUUCUUCUUAGUGUUAAUAUUACACUAUAUUUUCUGGAUUUGUAAUUUUUUGGAGUUUUUUUUACCUUCGGGGAUAGCAAAGUGUUAAAAAACAAUAUCCUUAAACUA